AUGCAACAUAAUUCGAUAGAAUUAACGACAGGUAGAAGUGACUGAAUCCAACUUUCAUCUACAAAGUCCUAAAACCCUAGCCCCUCCCCUUAAGCACAUUUGCCUCGCAGGAGUCGCGCGCCGAGCAGCAAAAGGAGGAACGACAAUGGGUAUCGAUUUGAAGGCCGGAGGCAAGAGCAAGAAGACUAAGCGCACUGCGCCUAAGUCUGAUGAUAUCUACCUCAAGCUACUUGUCAAGUUGUAUCGAUUUCUGGUGAGGAGAACUGGUAGUAAAUUCAAUGCGGUGAUUCUUAAGAGGCUCUUCAUGAGCAAGAUUAACAAGCCACCUCUCUCCCUCUCUCGUUUGAUUAGUUUCACAAAGGGCAAGGAGGAUAAGAUUGCUGUGGUUGUUGGGACUGUAACUGAUGAUAUUCGUGUGUAUGAAGUCCCUGCUUUGAAGGUUACUGCACUGAGGUUCACUGAGACAGCAAGGGCAAGGAUUGAGAAGGCAGGUGGCGAGUGCUUGACCUUUGAUCAACUUGCUCUUAGAGCACCUCUUGGUCAGAAUACGGUUCUCCUAAGAGGUCCUAAGAAUGCUCGUGAGGCAGUUAAGCACUUUGGACCAGCUCCUGGUGUACCACACAGCCAUACCAAACCCUAUGUACGAUCAAAGGGAAGGAAAUUCGAGAGGGCUAGAGGAAGAAGGAACAGUAGGGGCUUUAGGGUUUGAGUGCUCCAAGCCAGUGCUAUCCAUAAACAAACAUCCAAUUUGCUUAUGUUUUACUUUCUUGUUCUCACCCUCCAGUUUGGAACAAUUACAUAAUCUUGCAUUUUAUAUUGUAUUUUAUUUUGAUUUAAACGAAAGAUUUUGCAAGUUGACUAAUGAUUGUUGGGUAAUUUUGAUAUUUUAGUGGUGCUAUGAUACAAUUAAGAAUUCUAUCUUAUUUAGAUUACUGUUGA